AUGGACCGAGGCGAUAACGACGUCUUCUCUCCAGGUUUCCCAGAAGACGGAAUGAGUUCGUACACGAAGACGAUCCAGGUGCACCUGGAACCCUCGGAGGGCACCCUCGGGUUCACCAUCCGGGGGGGACCCGGGAAGCCCGGCUCGGACGCCUUCCGCGUCGCCCGCGUCGACGAGGGCGGCCCCGCCUUCAGGGAGGGGAGCGUGCAGGGAGGGGAUCGGCUCCUGGCGGUGGACGGGAAGAGCCUCGAGAAGAUGAGUCUGAGGGAGGCAAGGGAGGUGCUCAAGGCGGCGGGGAGUAGUGGGCUCUGCGUCGUGCUUUCGCUGGAAUACGACAUCGCCAUUGUUCAUGCGGUUCGGAGCGCCCAAGGAGCGCUGUUGAUCGAGGUCCACCGCACCCCCGGCCGGGACCCCCAUCUCGGCCUCGCCUUCACGGCCUCCAAGGAUCUCAUCCUGAUCCAUUCGAUCCGGCAGGCCAGCAUCGCGGAGAGGUGCGGCGCCCUGCACGUGGGGGACCAGGUGCUUGGGAUCGACGGGAGGAAGGUGUCCGGCAUGGGACCCCGCGACGCGGAGGGACUCCUCGGGCACGGGACCAAGCCCUCGGUCCAGCUCGAGAUCCUCCCCGCUGCCGCCCUCAGGAACAAAGGGUCGAUCGGCUCCCCCUGCCCUUCGUGUCAGGGUCAGGGGACCCUGAAGCGGAAACCCAGGGGGCUCCCGGCUCGGUGCCCUUCCUCGGCUUCCAGCUCCGGCACCGCCUUCAUCACCCGGAGGGAGACCUUGACCUUGACCUUGACCAUGAGCCCCGGGUACGGGGAUUUCGGGCUCACGCUCUCCAGUCCGGGUUUCCAUUCGGACGAGAAGAGAGAGGAGGUCAGGGAGGGCAGGCCCCUGGUCUUCGAGGAGGGCAGGGAGGGCAGGCCCCUGGUCUACGAGGAGGGCAGGGAGGGCAGACCCCUGGUCUUCGAGGAGGGCAGGGAGGGCAGGCCCCUGGUCUACACGGUGGAGCUGGUGAAGGAGGAGGGAGGGCUUGGCAUCACCAUCUCGGGGACUGAGAACGCUGGGGACCCCAUCUUCAUCUCCUCCCUCACACCCGGUGGCCUGGCGGACCGCACAGGCGCUCUCCACGCGGGAGACCGGGUGCUGGGGAUCGACGGCGCAUCCCUGAGGGACGGGACCCUCUCGGACGCCAUCCGGCACCUCCACCAGCCGGGGGACCGGGUCACCCUCCGCCUCUCCAAGGAAUCCCCCCGGAGGAAUCGCGGCAGCCCGCCGGGGGGAUUCUCCCCGGGUGAAGAGAGUGGGACCUGGGAGAUCGGAAGUGCCAGCGGGAACACGUCUCCUUCCGGCGAUGAUGCCGAGUUGAAGGAGGUCCUGGAUGACCUGAGACAGGCAUCCGAUUUCCUCGUCAAACCUCGUCUGUCCAGCCCGCCUCAAACCGAUCGCACGAACGAAGAAAGUGGGGUGAGGACCUGGAACCGCGAAGUCCCUCCUCUCCUGCUUCCUCCUUCUCCUUUCCUCAUGAGAGGCGGAGGGAGCCUGCCCCGCCGCAAGGCCGACCAGGUCAUCCUCGGCGACCUGACCCAACAGCAGCAACAGCAGCCGAUCCCCAUCGAGAUCCACCACGUGACCUUGUUCAAGGACCCGAUCUACGAGGACUUCGGCUUCAGCGUCUCGGAUGGCCUCUACCAGCGGGGGGUGUACGUGAAUCGCAUCCGGAAGGCGGGACCCGCUUCGGUGUCGCACGCCCUGCGCCCGUUCGACCGGAUUCUCCAGGUGAACGGCACCGACACCCGCGACCUGGACUGCUGCCUCACGGUCCCGCUGAUGGGCGCGGCCGAGGACCGGCUGGACCUCCUCGUCGCCCGGCAUCCCCACCCCGCCCCGCUGCCUCUCCACCCCGCCCUCCCGCUGCCUCUCCACCCCGCAGCUGCCACCCAGCCGCUGCCUCUCCACGGGACGGGGACCAGCGUCUUCUACACUCCGCUCUCGUCCAUCAACUCGCCGCCUUUCAACCACUUGAAUUUGCAGGAAUGCAGCGCCCAGGUGCACGGCUGGGCCAAGGUGGACGAGGAGGAGCUGGAGGCGGGCGGCGACCUCCAGGGCCCGACCCUCACGCACACCCUGUGACCUCGCUUCCUCGAUUCCGGGUCGGAGGUCGAAGGUCGAUUCCGUGUCUCACGCCGUACCUGUACAGAGACGAAAUCGUAUUCUCGCUUUGGUCUGAUUUUGG